AUGGAUGCUUCGAAGUGGUUCGAGUGGACGACCUUUGACAUUAUUGGGGAUCUAGCCUUCGGCGAAUCCUUUGGAUGUUUGCAGAACUCGGCCUCGCACCCGUGGGUGGAUAGCUUCUUCGCGUCCAUGAAGAUAAUUCCAUGGAUUCAAGCCAUUAGCGACUUCCCUCUCUUCUCCGUGCUAAAGCCUCUCUACUUCCUCCUCUUUGUCCCUAAGGAUGUGCUGAAGCAGCGGCAUCUAAGCCAGGUGAUGGCGGAGGAGAAUCUGAAGAAACGGCUGGCCAUCGGAGGUGAUCGGCCAGACUUUGUUCAAGCCUUGUUGAAGAGCGGCGAGAAGCUCGAAAUGUCUCCGAUGGAGAUGAGGGAUAACAUGGUCCUCCUCACCACUGCUGGCUCUGAGACAACUGCUACGACUCUCGCGGCAACGACAUACUUCUUGGGCAACCACCCCGAGGUCCUCGCAAAGCUGAAUGCCGAAGUCCGCUCAGCAUUCAAGAGCGAGCAGGACAUUGAUGUCAACAGCGUCCAGAGCCUCCCUUACAUGCUUGCUGUUCUCAAAGAGUCAAUGCGGGUUUAUCCUGCCGUUGCGAUUGCCUUGUUGCGUCAGACGCCUCCGAGCGGUGCGCAGAUCGCCGGGGAUUGGGUUACUGGAGGGACGACUCUUGGUAUCUGGCAGUAUGCUGCGUAUCACGAUCCCACCAAGUUCCUUUACCCGGACGCGUUUAUCCCGGAGCGUUGGUUGGAUGAUAAGCGUUUCGAUGGCGACCAGAAGAACUUGCAUCAGCCGUUUUCUUACGGCCCUCGCAAUUGCUUGGGCAUGAACCUUGCAUUUGCCGAGAUGAGAUUGAUUCUUGCCCGCAUCAUUUGGAACUUCGACUUGGAGCUGGCGCCGGAGAGCAAAUCUUGGGCAGAUGGUCAAAAGGUUUUCUUCUUCUGGGACAAGCCUCCCUUGUGGGUGUACUUCAAACCCCGACAAGAGCAAUGAACUAUUUCGUAGCUUCCUUCGAAACGUCAUACGGUGAUCAGAUAAGUGUUAGAAGCAAGGGAUAAAGUUCAAGACCAGUAAGUGAUAUCCUAGUGAGAAGCAAAUUUAGGAG